AUGUUUUCCUUCUCUGCCGCCGUGACACCGUCCACCGCUCUUUUUUCUGCGUCCUCGAAGAAGGGAAAGAAAACGAACGCGAAACGCAUCAUCGUUUCCAUGGCAACCGUGGACGGGGAAAAAAAGAGCGCAACAAAGGAAAUGCCCGACCGUGGCUUUUGGAGCGCUUUAGCUCCGGACGGGGAGAAAUCCGCCGACGAUUACAACAAGUGGAAAGCUGAACUCAUGGAGAAGAAACGGAAAGCGCAAGAGGAGGCGGCGAAGAAGCCGAAGAAGUUUCUCGGUUUGUUUUAA